AUGGGUCCCCCCGAUAACGACGGCUUCACUCAUAUAAGCAGUGUGAAUGGACCCGAGACCACCAAUCUCGAUAGCUUGGCCUCCUCGCUCGAAAGCGAAUUUACCCAGACUACCGGCGCAGCACGAACCGGUCUAGGAGCCAGCAGUCUUACCAGGUCGUCGACCGCCUCCGAAACCUCGAGUGCCUCCGCUGCGGCUACCGCGUCUUCUGGGUCGCGGAGUGCGGCCGCCACGGCGUCGACAUCAUCAACCACUUUCACCACCUCGGUGACCGCGGUCGCAUCCUCCAGUUUGAAUGACCUGGCUUCGACGACCGCCACCAAUGCGGCAAGCAACACCAGUGGCGCCGUAACCGUCUCUCACAGUUCCUGCCACAGCAUCUCCUGCUCUUCCGGCCUCAAAGCUGCCAUUGCGGUGCCGGUCGUUGUCGCGGCGCUGGCAGGCAUCUUCCUCUUCUUUUUCUGUGCCAGAAGGAGGCGGAGACGGAAUCUUGGUGCUGGGGCCGUGGUCUCAGAGAAACAGCCCAAGAAGGCGGGCAAGAAAUGGUCUCGACAUUUGCGGGCGUUCUCCUUUGAUGCCGAGCUGCUUAUGGGCGGCCGGUUCUCCAGCACCAACAGCAUUCGCAGUCGAGACGCAAGUGUUCGCAGUGGGGCGGUCAACUCGAACACUGCGGCUCAGAGUACAGAACCCAGCUUGCACAGCAUCGAAGAAGAAGUGGCCCCUCCUUACCGAGAUGCGAUUUCGCACGCCCAGCAUCCCGUCAGCCCGUCUCAUCUUCGAUCCAUCGGUGCUCUUGGAAGUGCAUCCGCUGAUCCCAUCCCUCGUCCACUCUCAACAUCUACAGCACCGCCUCCGUACGGCUCCAUCGUGAGAGAAACCAGAGCAGGGCCACCAACCCCGGUCUCAGCCACCAAUCCAUUUGCAGACUCGGCUCCUGUCAGUCCGAUCGAGGGCUCGCCGUUCAAUGACCCGCCUGACGACGGGGAGAGUCAUGUAGGAGGAGCGCGGACGCCGUUGAGUCGAGGGUCCUCGUUAUAUCAGAGUGUCAGUACGGAUGACGGUUCGGACGCCGCGAGUAUCCGGCAAGCGCAGGUUGGCCGACGUGUAUCUGCCCGAACGACCGACAACAGUGGUAGUGGUAGUGGUGGAGGCGGUAAUACUGGAUGA